AUGGCAAAUUCUGAAAGAGUUGAAGAAAUGCAAGAAAAUUAUCAGAGAAAUAGAAAACUGCAAGAACUGCCCAAAGUAAGACAGCAAGUUGUUGGACCUAUUGAGAAAUUUCGCUUUGCUGAUGGACUGGACAUCACACUCAUGAUCCUAGGAUUACUAGCAUCACUAGUAAAUGGGGCCUGUCUUCCUGUAAUGUCACUGAUUUUAGGAGAAAUGAGUGACAGCCUUAUCAGUGGAUGUCUAGUCAAAACCAACACAACAAAUUAUCGGAACUGUACUCAGUCUCAAGAGAAGAUGAAUGAAGAUAUGAUUGUGUUGAUCCUGUAUUAUGUUGGAAUAGGAGUUACUGCCUUGGUUUUUGGCUACAUACAGAUUUCCUUUGGGGUUAUGACUGCAGCUCGACAGACCAAGAGAAUUCAAAAACAGUUUUUUCAUUCAAUUUUGUCUCAGGACACCAGCUGGUUUGACAGUUGUGGCAUCGGUGAACUUAAUACUCGCAUGACUGAUGACAUCAACAAAAUCAAUGAUGGUAUUGGAGACAAGAUUGCUCUGUUGUUUCAAAACAUGUCUACUUUUUCGGCUGGCCUGGCGAUUGGUUUGGUGAAGGGCUGGAAACUCACCGUGGUGACUCUGUCCACAUCACCUCUUAUAAUUGCUUCAGCAGCCAUGUUUUCUAGGAUAGUUAUCUCAUUGUCCAGUAAGGAAUUAAAUGCUUAUUCCAAAGCUGGGGCUGUAGCAGAAGUCUUGUUAUCAAUCUGAACAGUCAUAGCCUUUGGGGCCCAGGAAAAAGAAAUUCAAAGGUAUACUCAGAAUCUAAAAGAUGCAAAGAAUGUUGGCAUGAAAAAAGCUAUAGCUUCGAAACUCUCUCUUGGUGCUGUGUACUUCUUUAUGAAUGGAACCUACGGACUUGCUUUUUGGUAUGGAACCUCCUUGAUUCUUAGUGGAGAACCUGAUUAUACCAUCGGAACUCUCCUUGCUGUUUUUAUUAGUGUAAUCCAUAGUAGUUAUUGCAUUGGAGCAGCAGCCCCUAGCUUUGAAACCUUCACUAUAGCCAGAGGAGCCGCCUUUAAUAUUUUCCACAUUAUUGUUAAGAAAACUGCUAUAGAUAAGUUUUCAACAACAGGCUAUAAAUUGGAAUGCAUAGUAGGAAAUGUGGAAUUUAAAAAUGUUUCUUUCAGUUAUCCAUCAAGACCAUCUAUCAAAAUUCUGAAAUGUCUGAAUCUCAGAAUUAAGUCUUGAGAGACAGUAGCCUUGGUUGGCCUCAACGGCAAUGGGAAGAAUACAGCAGUCCAACUUUUGCAGAGGUUAUGUGAUCCUGAUGACAACUUUAUCACAGUGGAUGGUAACGACAUCAGAACUUUAAAUGUGCAGCAUUAUCGAGAACUUGGAGUAGUCAGCCAAGAGCCUGUUUUUUUGGGGACAACCAUUAAUAACAAUAUUAGAUAUGGGCGAGAUGGCGUGACUGAUGAAGACAUUGAGAAAGCAGCAAAGGAAGCAAAUGCUUAUGAUUUUAUAAUGCAGUUCCCCAUGAAAUUUAAUACCUUGGUAGGGGAAAAAGGAGCUCAAAUGAGUGGAGGACAGAAACAGAGAAUCGCGAUUGCUCGAGCUUUAGUUCGAAACCCGAAGAUUCUGAUCUUAGAUGAGGCUAUUUCUGCCCUAGAUACAGAAAGCGAAUCAAUGGUUCAAGCCACACUGGAGAAGGCAAGUGAAGGUCGGACUACAAUUGUGGUAGCUCACCGGCUUUCCACUAUUCGAAGUGUAGAUAUGAUUGUGACUAUAAAAGAUGGGAUGGUGGUGGAAAUGGCAAAACAGGGUCUAUAUUAUUCACUUGCAAUGUCACAGGAUAUUAAAAAUGCUGAUGAACAGAUGAACUCAAUGGCAUACUCUACUGAAAAAGGUAUCAGCUCAAUUCCUCUGUGCUCUAUGAAGAGCAUCAAGUCAGACUUUACUGACAAGUCUGAGGAAUCCAUCCAAAAUAAAGAGACAAGUCUUCCUGAAGUUUCUCUUUAAAAAAUUUUUAAAUUAAACAAGUCUGAAUGGCCUUCUGUGGUUCUGGGGAUAUUGGCUUCUGUUCUAAAUGGAACUGUUCAUCCAGUAUUUUCCAUCAUCUUUGCAAAAAUUGUAACUAUGUUUGAAAAUGAUGAUAAAACCACAUUAAAGCAUGAUGCAGAAAUUUAUUCCAUGAUAUUUGUAAUUUUGGGUAUUAUUUGCUUUGUCAGUUAUUUCAUUCAGGGAUUAUUUUAUGGCAGAGCAGGGGAAAUUUUAACCAUGAGAUUAAGAUACUUGGCAUUUAAAGCCAUGUUAUAUCAGGAUAUCUCCUGGUUUGAUGAUAAGGAAAACAGCACAGGAGCCUUGACAACAAUAUUAGCCAUAGAUACAGCACAAAUUCAAGGAGCAACGGGUUCAAGGGUUGGUGUCUUAACACAAAAUGUAACUAACAUGGGACUUUCAGUUAUCAUUUCCUUCAUAUAUGGAUGGGAGAUGACACUCUUGAUUCUGAGUAUUGCUCCGGUACUUGCUCUGACAGGAAUGAUUGAAAUGGCAGCAAUGACUGGAUUUGCCAACAAGGAUAAGCAAGAACUUAAGCAUGCUGGAAAGAUAGCAACCGAAACUGUGGAGAAUAUAUGCACUACAGUGUCAUUAACAAGAGAAAAAGCCUUCAGGCAAAUGUAUGAGGAGACGCUUCAGACUCAGCACAGAGUUUUUACUGCAAUUGCAUAUGGAGCUAUGGCCAUUGGAGAAACACUUGUUUUGGCACCUGAAUAUUCGAGAGCCAAAUCUGGGGCUGCACAUCUGUUUGCUUUGUUGGAAAAGAAACCAACUAUAGACAGCUAUAGUCAAGAAUGGAAAAAACCCGACACAUGUGAAGGGAAUAUAGAGUUCCGAAAAGUCUCUUUCUUCUAUCCAUGCCGCCCAGAUGUUCUAAUCCUUCACAGUUUAUCCCUCAGCAUUGAGAAAGGGAAGACUGUAGCAUUUGUUGGGAGCAGUGGCUGUGGGAAAAGCACUUCUGUCCAACUUCUACAGAGAUUUUAUGACCCAGUGAAAGGACAAGUACUCUUUGAUGGUGUGGAUGCAAAGGAAUUGAACGUACAGUGGCUCCGUUCCCAAAUAGCAAUCGUUUCUCCAGAGCCUGUGCUAUUCAACUGUAGCGUUGCUGAGAACAUUGCCUAUGGUGAUAACAGCCAUGUCGUGCCAUUGAAUGAGAUAAAAGAAGUAGCAAAUGCCGCGAAUAUCCACUCUUUUAUUUAGAGUCUCCCUGAGAAAUACAACACACAAGUUGGACUGAAAGGAACACAGCUUUCUGGUGGCCAGAAACAAAGACUAGCUAUUGCAAGGGCUCUUCUCCGAAAACCAAAAAUUUUGUUGUUGGAUGAGGCCACUUCAGCCCUUGAUAAUGAGAGUGAAAAGGUGGUUCAGCAUGCCCUUGAUAAGGCCAGUAAGGGGAGGACAUGCCUAGUUGUGGCUCACAGACUCUCCACGAUACAGAAUGCAGAUCUGAUAGUGGUUCUGCACAGUGGAAAAACAAAGGAACAAGGAACUCAUCAAGAGCUCCUGAGAAAUCGAGACAUACAUUUUAAAUUAGUAAAUGCACAGUCAGUGCAGUGA